AUGAGGAGGAGGUCCAGCUGCUUUACUCUUCUCUCUGCCGGAGGAGUCGAUCUGCCCCACAGUGGUUCACAUCCUCUCUAGCCACUCUCUCACUGGAAGGAGACACAAGAACAACAGAAGGAACAAAAGGGGAAGACGAACAUCAGCUUUACAACUUUGAUAUAUGGACAUAAACAUCAGACCUUCAAGAAAUCAAGUUUGGAUUGUGUAGAAGGUCGAUACCCUUUUCCUUGUCUUCACCAGACCCCCGAAUAUUUGUUCACUCUUUUCCACUAAUGGAGAGUCUUCCUGCCAGCAUCAACUCCACUCCCGCCACUGAGCCCCUCACUAUUCCAGACCUGACCAACUGCAGUGCCUGGAACCAGCGUUGGGGGGCGCCACACUUGCACAGACUAGCCCACCUGGAUGUGCAGCUGUACCAAGACUUCUACGCUGUGUGGGUCUCUCUUAUGGUGUGUAACUGCCUGAUGCUGGUGAUCGGCGUGGUGCUCAACGGUCUGGCCCUCUACGUCUUCUGCGGGGCCUCCACCCACUCCUCGGCAUCGGUGGUUUACACCAUAAACCUGGCCGUAGCGGACCUGAUGGUGGCGCUGUCGCUGCCCGCUCGCAUCGCACUGUACCACAGUGGAGGGGGCUGCGUGGCCUGCUCCUAUGUUCACACCUUCAGCUACUUUGCCAACAUGUACUGCAGUAUCCUGUUUCUGACCAGCAUCUGCGUUGAUCGGUACCUCGCCGUCGUCCAUGCGUCCAGCACUCUCCAUCGCUGGAGGACCACAGGAGCAGCCAGGUGUGUCAGCGCCGCAGUGUGGUUCAUCGCAGUCGUGGUCACCUACUCUUUCCAGACCACAGCGUUGGAGUUCAGCUCCUCCUGCGUCCUCCUCCCUGCCCUCUUCUACCUCACCAUCCUGGAGUUCCUCCUCCCCCUACUCGCCGUGGUGGGCUUCACCCUGCGCGUCGCCUGUUUCCUCUCCUCCGGCCACGGCCCGAUGCCCCAGCAGAGCAGGGCGAGGAGGGCGCGCGCCAUCAGGCUUCUGGCGACGGUCCUCGUGGUCUUCAUGGUUUGUUUCACGCCCUUCCACGUGCGCCAGGUGCUGGUCUACUUCCGGGUUGAGGCUGGAGGGCAGGGGCUGGGCCAGGGGGAAGCGCACGUGAUUGCCUAUCACAUCACGGUGACCCUGAGCAGCCUCAACAGCUGCCUGGACCCAGUGGUUUACUGCUUUGUGACGGACAGCUUCAAGAGGGUGUGGAGGGCGAGGAGGCGGGGAGGGACGGCUGCCGACGGGGAGGCCGGGCACACCAGCGGGGGGGAAGGGGGGGAGAGGAAUUCGGUGAAUAAAUGUCCAGGCACAGCGCUGGCGAUCGCUCACAGCGUGGUCACCUUCACCCUCACGGGCACGCCCCUCUCUGCAGCCGGCACGCACCAGUCGGCUUAAAAACCGGCCCGGAAAACAAACCACUUUACAGCAAACACUUCAGUGGCUGCAGCCCUCGUGGUUUCACCUUUCCAUCCGUCUGACCUUGUCGGGAUGUUGAACCGAUACGGGUGAGAACAAGUGCUGCACCACCACAGGAUGGUUUUGCUGUGAAAUCGAAGAACUCCUACCGAUGGGGACGUUUCAUCAAAUUGGGAUGUGGAGGUGGUGCCCCCGUGGCUUAGGGCCUCCAGCUGGGGACCUUUAUUGUUUGUCCUUCCCUAUCGCUCUCUCUUAAUAUCAUUUCCUGUCAUCUCCAAUAAAUUAAUUAAGCCAUAAAAUACCAAAGAAAAAGCUAAAAGAUUUCUGUUGCUUGAAAAUAAUUUAGGAGAUAUUCAGUGCAACUAAAGCGGCACCACGGAACCAUACGAAUGCAAACAGAACCCUGGUUGGGUUCUGCCCAGGUUUCCUUUGUCUUCACCGUAAAAGGCCUUUUCAAUGCAAACAUGCUGCUGCUCUAUUACUUCUGUCGCUAAGUUUGAUCAGGGCUGCCACGUCAAAAGCCACAGCAGAUGCCAAACACGUUCAGAAAAGACGACGUCAACCACAUUCAAAUGCCGAGUGACAUGAGGAAAAGAGCUCGAGAAAAACAGACGAGCAUUGAGUGUGAGUGCGUCGAGGCUGGAGGCAGAGCUCUCUCCGGAGGCAUAAACACUUGCGACAGUCUCUCGAGUGCAUCGCGUGGAUCUCUUCAAUGCCUUUGUUUUUAUCGUUUGGCAAAGGUCCAAAUGGAAGAGAGACGUCAGCGCCACACAGAAAAACGUACAUCGUGCAACAUCAACUUUGCAGGACAACAGGGCCGAAACACAUAAUUGUAGUGUGGCUCUGAAAACAUGUGGUGUUCAGGAACAUACAGUAAGACUGUACGACGCAUAAACUCCUCUCUAUAGACCCACGUGUGAUGUUCAGAGAAGUUAAAGAGAAUUAUGCCCUUUAGCUAUUUUCCUAUUCACGUAAAUUAGGAGUGAAAACAAGCUUGUAGCUUGUUGUUCAGUCUUUCCUUUGUAUUUUUUUUUUCAAUGUAAAAAUCUCUGUGACUCUACAACCUGUGUAUAUAAAUGUAUUCUCCUUUCUUCUUCAUACCACUUUUCUUACACUUCUGUUCAAUUACUUUUAAUAAUGGGACCAGUUAUGGGAUCGGUCAAUUGAAAUGUGCAAGAAUAGCAGUAGAAAUAAAAAAAAAUCACACAGUCA